GUGAACAUUUCGUGCAGGCGUUGACAGCAGCCGCAGUGCGUGACUCAGGCAUUAUUUGUUUCAUCGACCCCGUGCUGUUCAGGGCACCUGUUUGUUUUUAAAGUCACUGGGACUGAGGGCCUGGGAAAGCGUGCGCAGUGCGUUGCACCUGAGGCAACGUGCACCGGAUGGACGAGUGAGUUAGACGACGUGCAAAGUGUUCAUGGACACAGCAGUCAAGACAAGGUUGACAAGAUGGCGUCUUCAAAAAUAAUCUUUCAUACUACUAUGAAGAAACUUACAUUGGACAAGUUUUACCCCCAUAAAAUAUCAAGAAAUUACGUUUUGAAAUUAAUUGGCUGUGAGGAAUAUCCCAAAACUCUUGAGGAAAUUUCCCAACAUUUCCUCAGGAAUGUAAUGAGAGCAAAUCCCAGGGCAAGAAACACAGAAUAUGGCCAGUGUAGAAUGGAAGAGGCAGAUACGAGUGACGAUGAAAAUACAGGAAGCUCAGGCAGUGAUGCGACAGCCGAUUUGAUAAAUCCACUGGACAUGAUAACCGUGGUGUUUCUCUGCGCUGACAACUUCUUACAGCAGGAGCUUAUGCAGAAGAUGUCCCAGUGUCAGUUUGCCUUGCCUCUCUUACUGCCUGAUUCGGGAAAAGGAAACAUCACGUUUAUGUUGUGGGCCAUGAGGCAAAUUGUGAAAAACUGGAAACUACAGCAGAAUGCAUCCAGCAUGGAGGAGUCAUUAGUCAGCAUCAAAAUGCCUUUCAUUUCAUUCAUUCGGAUUGGAGAGUGCAGUGUCUCGAAAUCAAAAGUGCUCAAUUCGAUUCUGAGCAAUGAAAAACACGAUUUCUUUGUCCAUCGAGAAAUGGCAUGUGGUGAUAUCGCUCGAAAGUGCUCCGAUGGACUGGUUGAAACGUGUACGUUCUGUCCUGGUGGGAAAUCAAAUGUGGACGUUUUCCAAACGGUGUUUAGCAUUUUAAAUCUCCGCGGCGAUGCCCGAGAUCACUUAGUUCAGCUUGAGUUCCUAAAAGAAAUCUCGCAGGCUAUAUUCGUCGUCGUUGACAAUGAAGAAACAGACGUGGACAACAUAUUGCCUCUGCUUGCCGAUGCAGAAGCUCAGUUGUUUCUGAUAACAAAUCAGGACGUGCUUAGGAGAAUCAGGAACUCAAAUGCAAUCACUGACGUCUGGUCUCAGCUGAAAUUAGAGAAAACAAACAUUAUUAAACUAGGCAAGCACAAUGAAGAGUAUUUUACUCGGAAAAUGCGCUGUAAGAUCGCAGAUGUAAUCAAAAGUAGUACAAAUUCCAGGACAAUGGAAGAAAUGGCCCACUUUGCUAAAUCAUUAGAAAUUACAGUCGAUGAAUGUGAAAAUAAAUGUCAGCGAACUAAACGAAAAGUCAAAGUAAUUAUUGACAAAAUAAAAGAGGAUGGUGUAAAAGAGAGUAAGAGAGAUCUCCCAUUGCAAGGAGAUCUUUGGCGCAGGUGGUCAGAAAGCAAAAAAGAGCAAAAUCGGCUGAAGAAAGUCGGUGAUUCUGUAGAAGAAUACAUAUGUAGAUUAGUUGAAACACAAAGAGAAAUUCGCAUUGAACAGGCAGGUAAAGGUUUUUCAGAUAUUAUGCAAAUGUGCGUUGAUUUACUGUUAGACAAGUCGACCAUAAUGAAAAUGUACGCCCUUCAAUGGAUGAAAUUGGAACUGAACAGUUUAUCCAGGACCAGCUUUUCCUCGUUACGCGCUGAUUACAAGCAGCUACUUGUUGAUUCUACGACUAAAAGUGCAGAUCUGCAUACGAUUAAAUAA